UAAGCAGAGGUUCGGCUGGACACGGCCAUUCUUCUCUCUGGGACCAGGAUAAAAUUUUACGAAAAUGGCACAGUUCGCGCAAAUGAUAGAAGACCUCGACGAUUGUUUCGUGAAAACGGCGGGGAAUAUUAUUAAAUACUGCGAUGAUGAUGAGGAGGAAAUGCAGAAGGAGUUGAAGGAGUUAAGAGAGGUCUUAAUAGAGAACUGUACGGAGUUUGCAAGAAUAAAGGCUGCGGAUAAAAUCAGCGAGCAGAUGCAAUGUGUGUCUGAGCUGCAGCCGGAUAAAGACGUGAAACACAUCACACAAGAAUAUAAAAAGGCUAUAAUUGAAAUCCAAGUUAAUCCGUUGGAAGACAACAGGCUGCUGGAGUAUGAUCGUCAGAUUGAAGGCCUGCUUCAAGCAACUAAAGCUGAAUCGAAUAACGGAGCGGAUGACACGGACGCCGAUCUGCGGCUGACAGGCAGCGAAAUAAAUGUGAUUGAUCCGAUCUCGAAGACCAGAAUGACCGAUCCUGUGAGAAAUGCAGUCUGUGGUCAUGUGUACGACAGAGAAAGCCUUGUCGCGAUGUUGGAAAAGAACAAAAACACUAGAUGCCCUGUGGUUGGCUGCACCAGCUUGACUUAUAUAGAUUUAAGUCAGUGUCGCUCUGACAUUGUGACGAAAACGUUCCUGGAGAGAAAUCCUGCUUAAAUUCGAGAGCAAUGGAUACAAAAAGACUUAUAGACACAUAGUGUUAGAUUCAUCGAAUGUACAUACCGCGUACAUGUAUACUCAUACUUUGUAUUAAGAAAAUUAUUAUCUUUAUUACAUCUUAUAAGAAGGUUUCAUUGUCGAAUUUAAAUUUUGAUUACAAAAUAUAGAUUAAAAAAUAUAUUUUAUAAAAUAUAA